AAUGAUGUGUGUCAUGUGCAUGACUCGCAUGAAUCGUAUUAUAGUCCCUGACAACUACGGUAGAGCACGCCACUAUUAAUGUUGCCACGAGUUUGAAUGACUGUUAGUUGCGUUCCUUGUUUUGUGGGUGGAAAUUUGCGAAAUUCAAUUAGCUGGCGCGAAGAAAUUGAAAACAAAUAUGGGAUCUAAAACUCCCGUGACUUUUCUUCAGGAACUCAUGACUCAAAUGGGAACUACACCCAGAUAUGAUUUAUUGUAUGAUGGUACUGGAUCACAAAAUCCUGUAUUUACAUACAGAGUGUAUGCAAAAAAUGUUUCAGCAACUGGGUCUGGACGAACUAAAAAGGAAGCAAAACAUGAAGCAGCACUCGCAGCACUUAAAUGUUUUUCGCUACAUAAAAUUCAGGAUUCACAUCCAUCGGAAGAACCUGCUGAAACGGUGACUUUCACAUGAAUAGUAAACAUGGAGGAAGAAUGUGAUUGGGGAACAUCACAAAACAUGUGCUACAAUUGCCACGAAAUGUGACAUCCCAAUUCCUGGGAAAAAAAUGGUAGAGGAAAAAGAAGCCCAAAUGGAAAAGAUACGUUCAUUUGUGAGCUUAUUUAAUAAAAAAAAGGAAAUAGAAAACAAUGUGGGAAUCAAAACACCUGUGACUAUACUUCAGGAACUGAUGAUUAAAAUGGGUACUGUACCCAAAUAUGAUUUAGAAUAUGAUGGUACUGGAUCACACAUCCCCGUAUUUACAUACAGAGUGCAUGCAAACAAUGUUUCAGCGACUGGGUCUGGACGUACUAAAAAAGAAGCAAAACAUGUAGCUGCGCUCGCAGCCCUUGAAUGCAUGUCGCUAAAUCAAACUGAGGAUUCACAGCCACUACAAAAGCCAGCUGAAAGAUUGACUUCGCUUGAAUAUAAAAUUCAAGAGAAUGCGAUUGGGGAACAUGACUGUGCUACAAAUUACAAUCCAAUGCUGGAAAAGGAAUUGGUAGAGGAAAAGGAUCCCCGUUUGGAAAAAAUUUUUCACUUUGUAAGCUCAGUUAAUAAAAAGAAAGAAAUAGAAAACAGAACGCUACCCAAAUCACCUGUGACUAUUCUGCAGGAACUGAUGGUUCAAAUGGGUACUGUACCCAAAUAUGAUUUAGAAUAUGAUGGUACUGGAUCACACAACCCGGUAUUUAAAUACAGAGUGUAUGCAAAAAAUGUUUCAGCGACCGGAUCUGGACGAACUAAAAAAGAAGCAAAAUGUGAAGCAGCAUUCGCAGUUCUGGAAUGCUUGCGGCUAAAUCAAAUUGGGGAUUCACAGCCACCACAAGAGCCUGCUGGAACGAGCGCUGCUUGUACGCAAACAUCUGGGUGGUCUGGUGCAGGCUUGAGCAUGGGCCCCAACGAGGCGCCUUACGAGGCUGAUGACAUUUUAUCCGCGCCUCACCCGGUCCUAGUGACAGACUCACUUAUGCGGAGCGCUGCUCGCAUGCGAACACCCGGGUGGUCUAGUGAAAGCUUGCGCAUGGGCCGCAGCGACGCCCUUCACGAGGCUGAGAACACCCCGUCUUCGAUUCAGGAGGCUGGUGGAAUCACGUCCGCGUCCCACCCAGCCCUCGUGAAAGACUCCCUUUUGCAGAGCACUACUCGCAUGCAAACAGCCGGGUGGUCUAAUGAAGGCUCGCGCAGCGACACCCCUCACGAGCCAGAAACCAGCUCGUGCGCGUCUCAAGAGGAUAGUGGCAGAACGUCCGGGACCCACCCGGUCCUGGUGAAAGACUCACUUUUGCAGAGCGCUGCUCGAAUUGAAACACCCGGAUGGCCUAGUGCAGGCUUGCGCAUGGGCCGCAGCGACACCCCUCGCGUGGCUGAUGGCAGCCCAUCCGCGACUGAAGAGUCUAUUGGCAUUCCGUCUGCGGCCCAACCAGUCCUAGUGGAAGACUCACGUUUCCCGAGUUCUGCUCGUAUGCAAAUUGCCGGGUGGUCUACUGAAAGCUUGCACACGGGCCCCAGCGACGCCCCUCAUGAUGCUGAUGGCAGCUUGUUCGCGACUCAGGACGAUGGUAGCAUCCCAUCCACGUCUCACCCUGUCCUAGUGAAAGACUCACUUUUCCGGAGCGCUCCUCGUAUACAAACACCCGGAUGGUCUAGUGCAAUCUUGGAAAUGGGCCCCUGCGACGCCUCUCACGAGGUUGCUGUCAUUCCGUCCUCGACUAAAGAGGCUGGUGGCAUCUUGUCCGCGACUCAAGAGGCUGGUUGCAUCCCAACCGCGCCUCAAGAAGCUGAUGGUAUUCCGUCCGCGACUCCAGAGGCUGGUGGUAACCCGUCCACGCCUCACCCAGUUUACUUGAAAGACUCACUUUUUCGGAGUGCUGCUCGUAUGCGAACAGCCGGGUUGUCUAGUGCAGGUUUACGCAUGGGCUCCAGUGACGCCCCUCACAAGGCAGAAAGCAGCCUGUACGCCACUAACGAAGAUGGUGGCAGCCCGUCCGCGGCCCAGCCAGUCUUAGUGAAAGACUCACUUUUAGGGAGCACUGUCCGCAUGCAAACACCCGGGUGGUCUAGAGAAGGCUUGCACAUGGGCCCCAGCGACGCUCCUCACGCCGCUGAUGGCAGCCCGUCCGCAUCUCUAGAGGCUGGUGGCAUCACGUCAAUGCCCCACACGAUCCUGACGAAAGACGCACUUUUCCAAUGUGGGAGCGUUAUUCAUAAGCAAACGCCCGAAUGGUCUAGUACAAGCUUGGAAAUGGGCUCCAGCGACGCCCCUCACGAAACUGAUGGCAGCCUGUCUUCCACUCAAGAGGCUGGUGGCAUCUCAUCCGCGGCUCAGCCAGUCCUAGUCAAAGACACACUUUCCCGGAGCACUGCUCAUAUGCAAACAGCCGGGUGGUCUAGUGCAAUCUUGGAAAUGGGCCCUAGAGACGCCCUUCACGAGGCUGAAGGCAGCCCGUCCGCGACUCAAGAGUCGGGUGGCAUUUCGUCAGCGCCCCACCCCGUCCUACUUAAGGACUCAGUUUUGCUAGAGGCUCAAUACCAAACUGAAAUUGAGAAGAUUGCGAUUGAUAAACAUCAUGAUACGUGUGCUACAAAUGUUACCCCAAUGCCUAAAAACGAAUUGAUAGAGGGAAAGGAAUCUCGAUUGGAAAAAAUACUAACUUUUGUGAGUUCCGUUAGUAAGAAACAAGAAAUGGUUACAGGAAUAAAAGCAGACCAAACCCCAGAGGAAGAGAAAAACGAACAAAAGAGGGUUACAGUCAAUGAUUUGGUCUGACUUUUGUUAAGAAAGGCAUCUAUAAAUAGACAUUUAACAUUAUCUCAACCCCAAAGUGUUGUUCAAGAGAAUGAGUACAAAUUUCCUCAAAAACUAUACAAAGGAUGCUAUUUGUAAGUGGCUUAAAUGCUCGAGAAUCCUGAAAUAAAUAAAAAUUUAUUUCUUCUAUGAUCAAGAAACAAUUUCAAUGGGCGAAGUUGCACCAAGGAUGGACAACACGGCAGUGGUAGAAGAAGAAGAUAUGGGAUCCAAAACACCUGUUUCCAUUCUUCAGGAAAUGAUGACUCGAAUGGGUACUGCACCCAAGUAUGAUUUAAUAUUUGAUGGUAGUGGAACACACACAGCAGAAUUCAGAUAUAAAGUGUAUGCUAAUAAUGUUUCAGCAAUCGGGUCUGGACGUUCUAAAAAAGAAGCCAAACACGAAGCAGCUCGCGUUGCACUCGAACGGCUAUCGCUCAGUCAAAUUGAGGAUUCUCAGCCGCAAGAAGAGCCUGUUGAAAUAGUGACUCCAUAUAAAGAUAAAAUUCAGGAGAAUGCAAUUGGAGAACUACAUGAUAUGUGUGCAACAAAUGACAUACCAAUGCCUGAAUACGAAUUGGUAGAGGAAAAGGGAGCACCACAUGAAAAAAUUUUUACUUUUGUGUGCUCCGUUAGCAAACAAAAAGAAAUAGGUAUUGGGCGCACCAAGAAGCAAGCCAAACAACUCGCUGCUUAUAGUAUGAUGAAUAGACUUAAGGAAUCUCUUGCUGAUGUGUUAACAGAACUUAAAGAAGAACGACAUAUAUUUAAUGAGAGGUAUGAUCAGAAACAGGAUACGAAAAUUGAGAGAAGUGGUGAUGAACAGACUACAACAUGGAAAAAGAAGGAAACUGCUUUAGUGAAUGUUUAA